GCUCUGGAAUGGGGGAUUUGGGGUGGGGGUUCUGUUUUCCUGUCCCCGGGGCCAUCCUGGACGCGUCCUUUCCCCCUCAGCCGCAGAGAUCUCGGCCAGCCCUGCGGCCGAGGUGCUCGAGGGGACGGCCACCACCUUGUCCUGCGACGUCCCCGGGCGGGAGGGACAUCCCGAUGAGCUGACCUACACCUGGUACAAGAACAGCGCGUGGCUCAAGGAGGGCCCGGCCCACACCCUCCUCUUCCCCGCGGUGACCACCGGCGACGCCGGCUACUACUCCUGCCAAGUGACCAACAGCCAGGGCAGUGACAUGGCCCAGGCCAUCAGCCUCAGCGUGACGUAUCCACCCCGAAUUCCCACCAUCACGCUCUUCCAGGAGACCCAGGGUGGCCGGCUGGUCAUCGUCCGCUGCACUGUGGACAGCCACCCUCCGGCCACCCUGGCCAUCGACCGUGACGGCACCGUGCUGGCCACCAGCGGGGCGCAGGUGGCCCUGCGCCAACGGCUCGGUGUCACCGCCUCCCGCAAUUCCCUGCGGCUGGAAAUCCGGGAUGCGGGACCCCGGGAUAGUGGGAAGUACGGCUGCACCGCCAGCAACGUCCACGGCAACGCCAGUGCCACCAAAGUCCUCGUGACCCGUGCUGCAGGGCUCCUGAUCCAGCCCUCGGCAGAGGUGACGGAGGGGACCGCGGUCACCCUGACCUGCGUGGGGACAGGGGACACGGCCGAGAAGCCGCUCUACACCUGGUACAGGAACGGCCGGAGGCUCCAGGACACCUCAUUCCCGACCCUGGAAUUCCCGUCUGUCCGCGGAGACGACGCCGGCGCCUUCCAGUGCCAGGUCAGGAGCAGGAACGGCAGUGACACGUCGGAGACUGUUCCGCUCCGAGUGUUCUACCCCCCGAGGCAGCCGGUGCUGAGUUCGUUCCUGCAGAGCCAGGGUGGCCGCCUGGGAAUCAUCCAGUGCUCCGUGGGGAGCGAUCCCGAGUCCAACCUUACCCUCCGGAGAGGCGACGAUGUCAUCGCCUGCAGCCAGGGCUGUCCCCAAGCCACCAGCCCCAGGGUCCACGUCACCAGGUCCUACAACAGCCUGAAGGUGGAAAUCCGGGAUGUGGUAGUGGAGGAUGAGGGAAUUUACGUGUGCCAGGCUGGGAAUUCCCAAGGAAGCGCCAGCGCCACUGUGGAUUUCAAGGCCGACACUGCCAAUGUCACCGUGUCCCCAUCCCCCCGCGUGCUGGAGGGUGACAAUGCCACCCUCACCUGUCACCUGAGCAGCGGCUCCACAGCUGUCCCCAACGUCACCUGGUACCACAACGGGCAGCAGAUCACCGGGGGCUCGGCCACCUCGCUGCUGCUGUGGCCAGUGGCCAGCAGGGACACUGGGCUCUACCGGUGCCAGGCCAGCACCGCAGGCAGCAGCCGGAGCUCUCCUGACAUCCUCCUGGAUGUGCUGUACCCUCCCCGGGACCUUUUCCUGACGGCUUUCCUGGAGGCCGAGCAGGGCUCCUUGGCCAUCUUCCAGUGCUCCGUGGCCAGCAACCCCCCGGCCCAGCUGGCCCUGUUCCGGGACCAGGAGCCGGUGGCCACCAGCGCCGGCGGGAGCAGCCCACGCGUCACCGUCUCCGCUGUCCCCAACUCGCUGCGGGUGGAGAUCCGGGAGGUGACACCGGCAGACGAUGGCAGCUACCGGUGCACGGCCACCAACGCGCACGGCUCCGCGGAGCGCCGGGUGUACCUGCGCGUGCAAGCCACCCGAGUCCUGAUCUCACCGUCCUCGGAGGUGCUGGAAGGUGACAGCGUGUCCCUGAUGUGCCAGGUGGCCGGAGAGCCACUGGGUGACACCGUCUACUCCUGGUACAAGGACAGCAGGUGGCUCCAGGAGGGUCCUGACAGCGUCCUCGUGCUGUCCCGUGUCACCAGCGCCGCCACCGGGCUCUACCACUGCCGCACCCGGGGCUCCGCGGGGAGCAGCGCGUCCCCCGCUGUCACCCUGAGCGUCUGCU